AAAUGUUGGGUACUGACCAGUCAUUUGAAGAAUUGCGGUUCCGUUGAACAUAAAAUAGGGAAGAAAGCAUGGCGUUCACUCUUCAUCACCCAUAAUCACCAUCAGAUUUACUUAGUCCGACUGCAAAGAUGCGUUUGCUAACAAUAUUAUGCAGCCUGGUGCUGUGGUUAGGGAAACUGGGGAUUCCUGCGACAGCCCAUCAGUUUAAGGUCGAUGGGAAAGUGUUGGAGUUGGAGGAAUCCAACUUUGACUCCGCUAUUUCCUUCUUCGAUUACAUCCUCGUCGACUUCUACGCCCCCUGGUGCGGCCACUGCAAACGCCUUUCCCCUCAGUUAGAUGAGGCUGCCCCUGUUCUUGCUGGAUUGAAGGAGCCCGUAGUGAUAGCUAAACUAAAUGCUGACAAGUUCACAAGGCUUGCUCGGAAAUACGAAAUCGAUGGAUAUCCUACACUCAAGCUCUUUAUGCAUGGUGUUCCUGUAGACUAUUAUGGGCCAAGGAAAGCGGAUUUACUUGUUCGAUAUCUGAAGAAAUUUGUUGCUCCUGAUGUCUCUAUUCUUAGUUCAGAUUCUGCCAUCAAUGAUUUUGUUGAAGUAGCUGGUACUUACUUUCCUAUAUACAUAGGUUUUGGCUUGAAUGAGACGGUGAUAUCUAAUUUUGCUGUCAAGUAUAAAAAGAAGGCAUGGUUUUCUGUGGCAAAGGAUUUCUCUGAGGACGUCAUGGUACUGUAUGACUUCGACAAAGUUCCUGCCUUGGUGGUUCUUCAUCCAAGUUAUAACCAGCAGAGCAUUUUUUAUGGUCCCUUUGAAGAUGAAUUUUUGGGUGAUUUUAUAGAGCAAAAUUUUCUCCCUCUAGUGGUGCCCAUGAAACAUGAAACAUUGAAGCUUUUGAAAGAUGAUAACAGAAAAAUUGUCCUGACAAUUAUGGAGGAUGAAAAUGAAGAGAAAUCACAGAAAUUGAUCAAGUUAUUAAAGGCUGCUGCAUCUGCAAAUCAUGACUUGGUAUUUGGCUAUGUUGGAGUGAAACAGUGGGAAGAGUUUGCUGAUACAUUUGAUGGCACUGAGAAGACAAAUUUGCCAAAAAUGAUCAUCUGGAAUGGUGAUGAGGAGUACUCUUCUGUUAUUGGUUCUGAAAGCCUUGAUGAUGAAAAUCAAGGGUCUCAAAUUUCGCGAUUCCUGGAAGGAUACAGAGAAGGAAGACUGGAAAAGAAAAGAAUUAAAGGGCCAUCAUUUAUGGACUUUAUUAAUUCACUAAUUGGCAUUAGAACUGUCUAUAUAAUUGUCUUUUUGGUUGCAAUGCUGAUACUUAUACGAAGCCUAGGCAAAGAUGACGAACCUCUCCAGGUUGGCACUCGCGAUGAGGUCGAUCAUGCUGAAAGCUCCAUGGCCGAAAGCAGUGACUACAGACCCGGGGAGAAAGAAGAUUAAAGUGAGACACAUACAUUUGAGGAGAUGGUCGGAAAAACAAGGAUUGGAAACAGAAAAGAUAUUUGCACUGCUCCUUUUCAGCAAUGAUCUAUCCCUGAGGUUAUUCCAAUGUAUUCUGAACUGCUUACUGUAUGACGUGUUUUAGAGACCCAUAUUUUUGUACCUAUAGCUUAUAUUUAUCAAAGGUUCGUUUUAUUAUAUUUAGUA